CGGCUUGGUUAAUGGUUCCCGUAAAACGACACUCUUUCGUGAGAGAGACUCUGCGGCCUGUCUCAUUUCUCAAGUGAAAAUGAGGACAGCCAAAGAAGGUAAGAGAAGCCGGAACCGGAGUUCCCCAUCGUCGCCCUUCAGGGACAGGACACCAACCACACUUUCCUCCCCUCGGCUCGAUCCAAUCUCAACGGGUUCUAGUCCAAAUAAAUCAAUAAUCACUCCUUCCACCUCUCUCCUAGACCGUGAACUCGUCACCGAAGACGCCACCACUCUGUUCGAAGACCUCCAAAUCUCCCCGGAACCCAACCCUCGGAACUUCCCCUUUAGUGUGAAGCAGAAGUGCUGGGACAAGUCCGAGAAGGUUCGAGGCCGAGACCCGGAUCGUUGGCGCCGAGACGCCAUCGGCAACAUCGUCUUUCGGAAGCUAGUGGGUUGCCCGGGAUGUCUCUGUCAUGAUUAUGACCACAUUUUGCCUUACUCUAAGGGAGGACAAAGCACACUUGAAAAUUGUCAGGUUUUGCAGGCAACUGUUAAUCGAUCAAAGGGAAAUAGGACUGGGAUGUCAAGAGCUGAUCUCAUUCAAAAAAGUUCUUAUUGCCGAGUUUCAGGUCGUGACAUGGAUCUUCUUGAACUUUCUGCCUAUGGCAAUGUCCGCCGCGGUCAAGACUCUGGGGGAUGUAGAAUUCAAUAGAAAUGCUAGCGUUUUUGUCAAGUUAAUUCCUACAUGGAGUAGGAUAUGAGUACGUGUGCUAACUAUUAAUUCACCUGGAGCUUUAAGCUCAUGGCGCAAAAAAAAAUUGAUUUUGUUCGGUUAGGUGUCUUAUAUAAACGUACUCAAGCUACUCUAGUACACUGAACAGCAUCCUUGUUCACACUAAUAUCCUGUAUUUUGAGUGCUAGCUUUCAGUUCCGUGCCA